GGGCCGUUCCUGUGUCCCCAAACUGGGGCAGGGAACCCCAAAAAAAACCCCAGACCCCAAAAACUCGCAAAAAAUCACCAAGAACCCGCCCAAAACACCCCCUUCCCCAUCACAGGGGCCCUCCUGUCGUGUCUGACCCCCCCCAAACUCCCCCUGGACCCCCAAAAUUCCCCAAUAUCCCCCCAAAAGUCCCCAAUUUCGCCCCAAAUCCGCGGCCGGGCUUUAGGACCCAGCGCAGGCCCAGCUCCUCUUGGCCCCGCCCGCUUUGGGUCACGUGGGGGGUCACGUGGCGCCCGUCAUGGCGGCGCCCAUGGCGGCGGCGAGCGGCGGCUCCGUGACGCGGCGGCUGCUCCGGGGCGUCUCCCGCAGCCUCAGCAGCGGCGGCGCCCCCGCCGAGGAGCCCGAGGCCGCCGUGGUUAACGUCGUCUUCGUGGACCGGGAGGGGCGGCAGGUGCCGGUGCGCGGCAGAGUCGGUGACAACGUGCUGCACCUGGCGCAGCGUCACGGGCUGGAGCUGGAGGGCGCCUGCGAGGCCUCGCUGGCCUGCUCCACCUGCCACGUUUACAUCAGCGAGCCGCACCUGGGGCGGCUUCCGGCGCCGGACGAGCGGGAGGAGGACCUGCUGGACCAGGCGCCGCUGCUGCAGGAGAACUCGCGGCUCGGCUGCCAGCUCCGGCUGAGCCCCGCGCUGGAGGGGGCGCGCAUCGCCCUGCCCCGCCUCACCCGCAACUUCUACGUGGACGGGCACGUCCCCAAACCACACUGACCCCGAAAACCCUGGGGGGAACCCCCAAACCCCGCUGACCCCGGGGGGAACCCCAAAACCCCGCUGACCCCGGGGGGAACCCCCAAACCCCACUGAGCCCAAACAAACGCCCUGACCCCAGAAACCCCAAUUAGCCCAAACCCCACUGACCCGAAACCCUACUGAGCCAAAACCUCACUGACCCGGGAGGGCACGACCCCAAACCACACUGACACCCCUGGGGGACCCCAAAAACCCUGGGGGGAACCCCAAAAACCCACUGACCCCGGGGGAAAGCCAUAAAACCCACUGACCCCGGGGAGACCCAAAAACCCCACAGACCCCAAACCCCACUGACCCUGAGGGACAUCCCCGAACCCCAGGGGCACCCCUGAAACCCACUGACCCCGAGGGGACACCCCAAAAACCCACUGACCUCAAAACCCCACUGACCACCGGGACCCCCCAGGGAAGGGGAACUCCCCCCAAAAAAUAAAUUAUUGCCCCUCA